GGGGAGUACACACGGGAGCAUCCUCUUGUAUAUAUAUCCUACAUAUUGGGUCAAGGACAUCCUAAGCAACCUCCAGAUAGCCAUGAUAGGCAAACUCCGAAGUUUUUCACAAAGCUCAUAUCAACAUAUUCUACAACCGCUGAUCUGGUAAAGACUCUUUUGCCUAAAAAAUAUGCAACUCAUUACCCUUGUCACGGCAGUCUUCUGCACGCUUGCCACCGCGCAAUCACCUUUGACGACGACCACCGUCACCACCACAGCUACAUCGAGUGUUCUUGUUGCUGGUUCAACCACAACUUCCACCGAUGUGUCAGUAUCAACAACUACCACGGUUUCGUCGUCUCUGUCUACGACUAACCCUUCGUUGACAUGGAUCUCAUCAAGCGCUGCAGGUAACGCGCAGGCCACUGGCUACGCGCUUGCCGGUCUGGCGGCCGGCGUUGCCGCUAUGCUCGUUUGAAUACUUGGACUGUUCCACCCAGAACGAGCCCUAACUACAAUUCCGGGUAAUAGGGAGGCUAUGUACGUGAGGCGGCAAUGAGCUAGCUACGGGUUCCUUUUGUUGGUAGUCUAAUAUGCGAUGGUGGUUGCAUAUGUGGCAUAAUAAAGUUGCUUGCGGGGUAGUCAGUACAGAAAAUUGGGAUGCCGAGACUCUAUACUAAAGCCGCAUCGUGAUGUUGAUUUUGGUAGGUUUGGUUGCUCGGGUCAAAAACAGUUCGAUCGAGCUGUGCCACAACGCAUAUUAUACUGCGUACUUUGACUUUGGAGUCUUCUAUGACAAAUUCAGCGCAGCAUGUGAUCGUAUGUCACACUCAUGAAGUUGUCAAAAACAUUCAUUUACCUCAAUGCCCCGCCAUUAU